CUGUCUGGUUUGUUUGGCCUCCUAUUGUGAAGAUCAUCUUAAACCUCACUAUCAGUCUCCUGCCUUUAAGAAGCACAAGUUAGUUGAAGCCUGUGCAGAGCUCCAAGAGAAGAUCUGCUCUGAACAUGACAAACUGAUGGAGAUCUACUGUCAUACUGACCAAAGCUUCAUCUGUUACUUGUGUACGAUGGAAGAACACAAAGGUCAUGAGACUGUUCCAACUAAAACGGAAAGAACUGAAAAACAGAAUGAGCUAAAGGAGGAGCAGAUAAAAUUCCAGCAGAGGAUCCAGGAGAAGGAGAAGAAGGUGCAGGAGCUGAAACAGACUGUGGACAUUAUUAAGAUGCGUUCACAGGCAGCAGUAGAUGACAGUGAGAGGAUCUUCAGUGAGCUGAUCAGCUCCAUGGAGAAAAAGCGCUCAGAGGUGAUGGAGCUGAUCAGAACUCAGGAGAAAGCUGAAGUGAGUCGAGCUGAACGACUCCUGAAUCAACUGGAGCAGGAGAUUGCUGAUCUUAAGAGGAGAGUCACUGAGCUGGAGGAGCUUUCACACACACACGAUCACAUCCACUUCCUCCAGAGUUUCCCGUCUCUCUGUGUCUCUCCUGGAUGUGAAGACUCACCCAGCUUCACUGUCAAUCAACAUCUCUCAUUUGAUGGAGUGAGGAAAUCUCUCUCAGAUCUGAAAAAACAAGUCGAGCAAAUCUGUGAGGAGGAAUUCAACAAAAUCCGUCCACAAGCUGCAGCAGUUCAGAUGAUUUUACCUCCAGAACCAAAGAGAAGUAUUUCUGUUAUCUGACUCUGGAUCCAAACACAGAACAUCCUAUACUCAUCCUGUCUGAGAAGAACAGAGUGGUGACACGCAGAAUGACACACCGGCGAUACUCUGAUCCUCCAGAGAGAUUUGACUACUGUACUCAGGUGUUGUGUAAGG